AUGCCUAAUAUUGACGAUGUUAUGGACAAACCUUCUGUUGCUUCUUCAAUGUUCACAGCUUGGAUGGAGUGCAAUGUAGUUAAUGGUGAUGCACAGAAACUUACAUAUGUUGAAUUUCCUACAAAGUUUGUUUGGAAACGUGGUGAUUGGAUCUGGAAGCCACGGGAAGUGGGAAAGUGCAGUGGUAGAAUUCAUUUGGUUUCACCUAAUCUAGGGGAAGCUUAUUUCUUAAGGAUUUUAUUAAAUAAGGUGAAAGGUUUGAAAUCAUUUGAAGAAAUUCGCACAGUAAAUGGUGAAGAAUAUUCUUCUUUUAGAGAUGCUUGUUAUGCUCUUGGGCUCUUGGAUGAUGACAAGGAAUACAUCGAUGCAAUCAAAGAAGAAAUAUGUCUAAAUCGGAGGUUGUUUGGGAAAACACAUGAGAAUAUUUGGCAGAUGGAAUUCUUUAUAACCAAUGACAGAGAUUCAAGUCUCCAGUUUGAUCUUUGUCCUCCGGACUUAUCACUCAAUGAAGAUCAGCUUAAGAGCUUAACUUUGUUCGAGAUAGAACAAGUUUUACUUCGGAACAACUCCAGUCUCAAAAGUUAUAAAAACAUGCCUUUCCCGGACGUUGAUUAUGUUUCUUCUUCAAACAAUCGACUUAUCACUGAGGAGCUUGAUUAUGAAAUUUCUGUUAUGAAGAUUGAGUUUGAUCGUAUGUUUCUUGCAUUGACAAAUGAGCAACAUCACAUUUUCCUUGAUAUCAUGAGUGCAGUUAAAGAAAAUAAAGGAGGUAUCUUCUUUGUUUAUGGUUAUGGUAGAACUGGUAAAACUUUUUUAUGGAAGACAAUAUCUGCAACAAUUAGAUGUGAUUGUCAUAUUGUUUUAAAUGUUGCUUCAAGUGGGAUUGCUUCAUUAUUAUUGCCCGGAUGUAGAACCACACACUCUCGAUUUAUAAUUCCAUUUGAACUAACAGAGGAUUCUGUUUGUAAAAUAAAUCCAAAUAGUGACCUCGCUAGCUUAUUGAAAAAAAAACCUCAUUGA